GCAGUAGCCGAGAGAGUCAGGGUGAAAGCGGAGGAAGCUGGGUCGGCCCUGAGGGGCUGUUGGUAAGUUGUAGCCAUCAUGACCACCCGGCAAGCCACGAAGGAUCCCCUCCUCCGGGGUGUAUCUCCUACCCCUAGCAAGAUUCCGGUACGCUCUCAGAAACGCACGCCUUUCCCCACUGUUACAUCGUGCGCCCUGGACCAGGAGAACCAAGAUCCAAGGAGAUGGGUGCAGAAACCACCGCUCAAUAUUCAACGCCCCCUCGUUGAUUCAGCAGGCCCCAGGCCGAAAGCCAGGCACCAGACAGAGACAUCACAAAGAUUGGUGGGGAUCACUCAGCCUCGGAACCCCUUGGAGGAGCUCAGGCCUAGCCCUAGGGGUCAAAAUGUGGGACCUGGGCCCCCUGCCCAGACAGAGGCUCCAGGGACCAUAGAGUUUGUGGCUGACCCUGCAGCCCUGGCCACCAUCCUGUCAGGUGAGGGUGUGAAGAGCUGUCACCUGGGGCGCCAGCCUAGUCUGGCUAAAAGAGUACUGGUUCGAGGAAGUCAGGGAGGCACCACCCAGAGGGGCCAGGGUGUUCGGGCCUCUGCAUAUUUGGCCCCCAGAACCCCCACCCACCGACUGGACCCUGCCCGGGCUUCCUGCUUCUCUAGGCUGGAGGGACCAGGACCUCGAGGCCGGACAUUGUGCCCCCAGAGGCUACAGGCUCUGAUUUCACCUUCAGGACCUUCCUUUCACCCUUCCACUCGCCCCAGUUUCCAGGAGCUAAGAAGGGAGACAGCUGGCAGCAGCCGGACUUCAGUGAGCCAGGCCUCAGGAUCGCUCCUGGAGACCCCGGUCCAGCCUGCUUUCUCUCUCCCUAAAGGAGAACAUGAGGUUGUCACUCACGCAGAUGAAGGAGGUGUGGCCUCUCUUGGUCUGGCCCAGCGAGUACCAUUAAGAGAAAACCGAGAAAUGACACAUACCAGGGACAGCCAUGACUCCCACCUGAUGCCCUCCCCUGCCCCUGUGGCCCAGUCCUUGCCUGGCCAUGUGGUGCCAUGUCCAUCACCCUUUGGACGGGCUCAGCGUGUACCCUCCCCAGGCCCUCCAACACUGACCUCAUAUUCAGUGUUGCGGCGUCUCACCGUUCAACCUAAAACCCGGUUCGCACCCAUGCCAUCAACCCCCACAGUUCAGCAGGCCCAGUGGCUGCAUGGUGUCUCCCCUCAGUCCUCCUCUGAAGAUCCUGCCCUGCCCUGGGAGCAGGUUGCCGUCCGGUUGUUUGACCAGGAGAGUUGUAUAAGGUCACUGGAGGGGUCUGGGAAACCACCUGUGGCCACUCCUUCUGGACCCCACUCUAACAGAACCCCCAGCCUCCAGGAGGUGAAGAUUCAACGCAUCGGUAUCCUGCAGCAGCUGUUGAGACAGGAGGUAGAGGGGCUGGUAGGGGGCCAGUGUGUCCCCCUUAACGGAGGCUCUUCUUUGGAUAUGGUUGAACUUCAGCCCCUGCUGACUGAGCUUUCUAGAACUCUGAAUGCCACAGAGCAUAACUCUGGGACUUCCCACCUUCCUGGACUGUUAAACCACUCAGGGCUGCCAAAGCCCUGCCCUCCAGCAGAGCCUGGGCGCCCAGAGGCCUUCUAUAGGAGUAAGCCUGAGAUACCAGAGCCCUCCCCCCAGGAACAGCUUGAAGUACCAGAGCCCUGCCCUUCAGCAGAGCCCGGGCCCCCAGAAUCCUGCUGUAGGAGUGAGCCUGAGAUACCAGAGCCCUCUGGCCAGGAACAGCUUGAGGUACCAGAGCCCUGCCCUCCAGCAGAACCCGGGCCCCUUCAGCCCAGCACCCAGGGGCAGACUGGACCCCCAGGGCCCUGCCCUAGGGUAGAGCUGGGGGCAUCAGAGCCCUGCACCCUGGAACAUAGAAGUCUAGAGUCCAGCCUACCACCCUGCUGCAGUCAGUGGGUUCCAGCAACCACCAGCCUGAUCUUCUCUUCCCAACACCCGCUUUGUGCCAGCCCCCCUAUCUGCUCACUCCAGUCUCUGAGACCCCCAGCAGGCCAGGCAGGCCUCAGCAGUCUGGCCCCUCGAACCCUAGCCCUGAGGGAGCGCCUCAAAUCGUGUUUAACCGCCAUCCACUGCUUCCACGAGGCUCGUCUGGACGAUGAGUGUGCCUUUUACACCAGCCGAGCCCCUCCCUCAGGCCCCACCCGGGUCUGCACCAACCCUGUGGCUACAUUACUCGAAUGGCAGGAUGCCCUGUGUUUCAUUCCAGUUGGUUCUGCUGCCCCCCGGGGCUCUCCAUCAUGAGACAACCACUCCUGCCCUGCCGUGC